CACAUCUUCACUUGUAUCAUCGUCGAGCAUGUCACUAUCAUUUCAAGGACACACCGUAGUCGUUACCGGUGCCGGCGGUGGAUUGGGUAAAGCGUACUCCCUUUUAUUUGCAUCGAGAGGGGCCAACAUUGUAGUGAACGACUUCAACCAGCAAGCAGCCCAGAAAGUCGUUGAUGAGAUUAAGGCUGCUGGUGGGAAGGCAGUUACGAAUAUCGGUUCUGCUACGGAUGGUGUAGCCGUUAUCAAGACAGCACUCGAUGCAUUUGGGACCGUCACCAUAUUGAUUAACAACGCCGGUAUUCUGCGAGACAAGGGCUUCAAGAACAUGACGGACCAAGAAUGGGACCAGGUUCAAGAAGUUCACCUCAAGGGAGCCUUCGCGUGUACGAAGGCUGCGUGGCCCAUCUUCCGGAAGCAAAAGUUCGGACGCAUCAUCAACACCGCAAGUGCUGCAGGUCUCUUUGGUAACUUUGGACAGGCGAAUUACAGUGCUGCUAAGAUGGGUUUGGUCGCGUUCACAAAGACUCUGGCAAGGGAAGGAGAGAAAUAUAACAUCAAAGCCACCGCUAUUGCACCUAUAGCUGCCUCAGCAAUGACUGAAACCGUAAUGCCACCAGAAAUGCUCGCUAACCUGAAGCCCGAUUUCGUAGCCCCUUUCGUCGCUGCAGUCACACAUCCUGACAGCCCCGACGCAAGCGGAAAAGUCUUCGUCGUUGGCGCAGGCUAUGUGUCUGAGAUUCGCUGGGAACGAACGAAGGGCGCCAUCUUCAAGACGGAUGCUUCGUUCACGCCUUCUGCGGUCAAGGAAAGAUGGGAGCAAAUCACGGACUUCACCAACCCUGAUCACCCACAAAGUAUGGCCGACGGAAAUAUCACCGAGAAGCUCAAAGCAGCACGCAACCAACCUUCGAACAAACAGUCAAGUCCCGAAGUUCGCUUCGACGGCAAAACCGCCAUCAUCACUGGUGCUGGUGCCGGGCUCGGAAGGGCCUAUGCGCUCAUGUACGCUAGGUUGGGUGCAAAUGUCGUCGUGAACGACGUCAGCGAGAAGGGCGCGGGGGCUGUCGUUGACGAAAUUCGGAAGGCGGGCGGGAAAGCCAUGGCAGCAGUUUGUUCCGCCGAAGACGGCGACGCUAUCGUCAAAGCCGCGCUUGACGCCUUUGGAGGCGUACAUAUCCUCGUUGCUAAUGCUGGGAUCUUGCGUGAUAAGUCUUUCACGGCUAUGUCGGAAGCAGAAUGGGAUGCGGUUAUUGCUGUACAUUUGAGGGGGACGUUCAAGUGUGCGAAAGCGGUGUGGCCCAUCUUCCAGAAGCAGAAGUAUGGAAGGAUCAUGACUACGGCGUCGGGUGUCGGUAUCUAUGGCAAUUUCGGUCAGGCGAAUUACUCGACGGCUAAGGCUGCUAUUCUCGGGUUCACAAGGACGUUGGCGAUCGAGGGCAAGAAGUAUAAUAUCCUUGCCAACACUCUUGCGCCGUCGGCAGGGACUGCGAUGACUAUGACUAUCUGGCCGCAAGAGAUGGUGGAUGCGUUCAAGCCUGACUACGUGGCUCCUAUCGUCGGUUACCUCACCAGCGCAGACAACGAGGACACAACGGGCUCUUUAUUUGAAGUCUCUGGAGGCUGGGCCGCUCAGACUCGUUGGCAGCAAGCUGGCGGACACGGUUUCCCGGUAAAGAAACCGUUGACGCCAGAGGCUAUUUUAUCGAAGUGGGAUGUUAUCACCAACUUCGAUGAUGGGCGAGCGACCAACCCUUCAUCUACUCAGGAGGGAAUGGAAAUGAUGAUGGCCAACUUCGGCAACGAAGGCUACUCUGAUGAUUCCUACGCCGACCCCGAAGACUCAGACCUCGUCAAAGAAGCCAAAGCAUCUGUCGCGGAACCGACCGAAUACAACUACACAGAGCGUGACGUCAUCCUCUACAACCUCGGGAUCGGCGCGACAGAGAAAGAGCUCCAGUGGACGUACGAGGGCCAUGACAGUUUUGGAGCGCUGCCUACGUUCGGUGUGAUCCCACAGUUUUUGGCGAGCGCAGGGUUGUCGUUGGAUUGGCUGCCGGAUUUCAACCCAGCGAAGUUGUUGCACGGGGAGCAGUACCUCGCGAUUAAGGCACCGAUACCGACGAGUGGAGAUUUGGUGAAUGACUCUAGGUUGAUGGAGGUGCUGGACAAGGGCAAGGCCGCGGCUGUCACUUCCAUAGUCCAGACCAAGGAUAAGCAUAGCGGUCAGGUUAUCUUCGAGAACCAGUCGACGGUCUUCAUCCGUGGUUCCGGCGGGUUUGGAGGCAAGCGCACUGGUAAAGACCGCGGACCGGCUUCCGCUGCGAAUACACCACCUAAGCGUCAGCCUGAUGCGGUUAUUGAAGAGAAGACUACGACGUCGCAAGCUGCCCUAUACCGAUUGAGUGGCGAUUACAACCCGUUACACAUACUUCCCGAGUUCGCGGCAGUAGGCGGAUUCGACAAACCAAUCCUGCACGGGCUCUGCUCGAUGGGUAUUUCUGGUAAGCAUGUAGUCAAGACGUUCGGCGCCUUCAAGGAUAUCAAAGUCCGAUUUGCGGGCGUCGUGUAUCCCGGCGAGACGCUCGUUACUGAGAUGUGGAAGGAGGGCGAUAAGGUCAUUUUCCAAACGAAGGUCAAGGAGCGCGGGACCACGGUGUUGGCGGCGGCGGCGGCUACGCUGGCAGAGUCGGCGGUGAAGGCUAAGUUGUAAGGACUCUGAAUCAGGACACUGCCCUACAUAUAGCUAUUGAUCGACAGCCUGUGGACGGUCCACAGGCUAUUUACUCGGGGUCCUCAAUGGUUUCCAGUGCUCACACUCCUGAAUUUAUUUUCUGUAUACCUUGUAACUCUGGAGUCUAUCACGCUGUACAUGUACUUUUAUCCAUACUUGACUUCAUAGUAUGAACUCUUGUUUCGUCCCUUCUCUCCAAAUCACUAAGUUGCCAUCACAGGGCUUCUGAGCCAGACUACGAAUUCGUCCUGCCUCCUAUUGCACGAGUAUCGUAG